AUGGCCAAACAUAACGGCAACUUCACUGAUAAUUGCAGACAAGCUGAAGAAUCACUUGUUUUAAAGACAAAAGAUUACAAUCAGGCUGUUGAGCAAGGAGUACAACAGUUAUUACAGCUCAACGAUCUUAGCGACCAUGCCAGACUACGAGAGGCAGCAAUAGCAAUUCAAGGGGCUCUGAUCCACACCCCUCCCAACGCUACGGAUGCGAGCAAGGAAUGGUCGAUUGGAAGCGUAGCUGUCAAGUUACGGACCUGGGCCAGCUCAGCACUUCCAGCACAACCAGAGAGAUCCUCCUCCAGACGAGGAACAGCGUUCCAGGCUGAUACCAGAAAGAGUAAUCAGAAUGGAAGAGCAAGCCAAUCCCGAUCAGAUCGCAAAAGAGUGCGAUCAGACAACCAGCAGGAUAGCAACAAGCGACAAGAACUGAGCUGUGAAGCUUGUGGCCAGCCGCGACAUGAUCUUAGUUCCUGUUGGUCAGCUAUCCCGGAACUUCGGCCUGAAGGAGUACCUGCGAAUCACCGCCUAGAGGGGCUUGUGAGGAAAGUCUUGGCUGCCGAUCCAGAACUAAAAGCCAAAGUAGCUGAGCUUCGAAAAGCAGCGCAGAAAGACCAGAAACAGCAGGAAGAGGAAAAGAAAGAAGUUUCAUUCCAGUGA